AUGAAUGGGAUUCCAAGUGAUGCAAUCAAGUUGAGGCUAUUCCCUUUUUCAUUGAGAGACCAAGCAUUGAGUUGGCUCAAUUCCUUUCCGGCCAACCAUUUCACAACUUGGGAACAACUUUACAAGGCCUUCAUGCAAGAGUAUUGCCCUCCUUCCAAGGCCGCCAAAUUGAAGAAACAAAUUCAAAAUUUCCAAAAAUUUGGAAAUGAGAAUUUGUAUGAAGCUUGGAAAAGAUUUAAGGAGUUGAGAAGACAAUGUCCAAAGAAUUUGCUUACUCCGGGGGAUUUCAUCUCAUCCUUUUAUGGGGGAUUGUUGGAUAGCUCAAAAACCAUUCUUGACACAUCUUCAUUUGGAGGCAUUUUUAUUGAUAUGGGUCCGGAGUAUGGUGAACAAUUGAUUGAGAGGAUCACUUCUAACACGGCAUAUUGGUAUAAUGAAAGAAGUGACCCACCUAAGAAAGAAAAAACCGCCGGGAUGUUUGAGGUUGAAGAAAAGAUGGCCAUGCAAGCUCAAUUGGAUUCAAUUCAACACAUGCUCAAAAAUAUGAUGCAAGCUCCGAAGCAAAAUGUGCAAGCGGUGACUCAAACUCCUCAAGUAUCUUACAUGUCUACUCCGUAUUCCUUGCCACAAGCUACUUGCAAUUCUCCUGGUUCUCAAAGUAUGGCACUAGUAGCUUGUUGUGCCAUAUGUGGAGGAGCUCAUGCUUCUCAAGCUUGUCAAUUGUUAGAUCCUAGUGGCCAAGGCUCUUUAUCGAACAUGGAGCAAGUGGAUAUGAUUGGGUAUUCUAGACCCCAAAACCAAGGGCAAGGAUAUGGAAAUUAUGGUCAACAAGGAAGGAAUCAAUUUGGGUCUUCUUGGAACAAUCAAGGUGUGCAAGGAAGGAAUCCACCUCCGGGUUUUCAAGGAAAUCAAGCAAGUAGAGGUGGAAAUCAAUUGAAUCAACAAUGGAGAGGAAAUCAAGGAUAUGGAAAUAAUCAAAAUCAACAAGGAUCCUCUCAACCUUCUCAAGAUGUGGACAUGAAGACAUUAAUGAACAUGAUGAUGUCUCAAAUGUCUCAAAUUAGCAAGUUGCAAUCUCAAGUGGAGAAUCUACAAACCCAAAAUCAAGGAGGAGGCACUCAAGGAUCUACACAAGCCUCAUCUUCUAGUGGUAGACUUCCGGCUAACACCGAAAAUCCUAGAAAUCAUGUCAACGCCAUCACCACUAGAAGUGGAAAAUCUUUGAAAGAUCCACCCUUUCCUUCUAAUGAUCUUACAAUUGAAGAAGAUGUUGAGAAAGAUGAAGAUGAGGAAAGGCCAAAUGAAGAGGAAAUUGAAAAAAAUCUUGAAAGUGAAAAUGAUGAUGAGCCUCUAAUUCAAAGAAACAAGUCAAAAGGGAAGGAGCCAAUUCAAGAAGGAAACAACUCAAGUAAGAAGAAUGUGAACAAGGGCAAACAAAUAGAUGACUCGGUGAUUCCUUGCAACUUGUUGCCAUUUCCACAAAGGUUGUGGAAAACAAAAGAAACCGAGAGAGAAAACAAGUUUAAAACAAUGCUUGAUAAGUUGGAGAUUUCUAUGCCCUUUGUGGAAGCCAUUACUCAAAUACCUUCAUACAAAAAAUUCUUGAAGGAUAUUUUGAGUAACAAGAAGAGAUUAGAGAAGAGUGCGGUGGUGGACCUUAGCGAGGGAGCUUUGACAUGUGCCGUUCUCCAAAAGAAUUUGCCUCCCAAGUUGAAGGAUCCGGGAAGCUUUUCUAUCCCUUGCAUUGUUGGAGGAUUUGUGGUGAGCCGUGCUCUAUGUGAUCUCGGGGCUAGUGUGAGCCUAAUGCCCUACUCUCUAUGCAAGAGGCUCAAUCUUGGAGAACCCAUGCCCACUACCAUGACACUCCAAAUGGCGGAUCGUUCCAUCAAGCGCCCGGUGGGAGUACUUGAAGAUAUCCCGGUCAUGAUUGAUCAAUACUACAUUCCGGGAGAUUUCGUGAUUCUUGACAUAGAGGAGGAUACCAAGGUUCCAAUAAUCCUUGGUAGGCCAUUUCUAGCCACCGCCGGGGAAAUCAUAGAUGUCAAAAGAGGGAUACAAUUUUUGAUGUAG